CAGCAUCUCACGCACGCACACAUCUCACAUUGCACAAUCACGCGUCGAUAACACCUCACACUCACUCACUUGCACACACCCACACAAUGUUCGGCAAGCUCACCCGCCUCGCGAUCGACCUCGUCGCCAUCUCGACCCUCCUCGCCGGCAUCGCCCGGUCCACGGGAUACCACUUCAACACCCGCCGGUUCAAGGACGCGACGAUCCGUAACCUCCUCGACAGCUACCUCGCCAUCGGCGACAACGUCUUUGCUUUUGCCAGCGGCUUUGCCGUCUCAAGUUCCUUCUUCUACCGCAAGAUCGACCAGUAGAUGCAUCUUGCGCACCUGUGAUGGCAGAGACGGCAGCCAUACACCUUGCACCUCUGCCACCACGCGCCCCCGCCGCCCGCAUCCGUUCUCACCUCUUCUGGGACCUAUCUCUCUGGACCUGUGACACACACACACCCUUCCCCGGCAUACCAUUGUCUCAUAUACGUGGAAAUGUAUCCAAUGUAUCCGUUGCA